UUGACUCGACUGAUUGCAGAAGAACGUGGUUGGAAAGUCGAUGAAGAAGGAUUUGCAGCAGCUUUGAAAGUACAAAAAGAAAGGUCUAGAGCCGAUGCUAAAAGAGAGACAGGCGACUGGGUGAUUGUUGGUGAAGAAGGUCAAACCACUUUUACGGGUUAUGAUGAAUUGAUCGUCCAAGAAGCCAAAGCAAUUAAAUACAGAGUACUUAAGCAAAAAGACCAAGAAUUGUAUCAAUUGGUGUUGAAUUCGACGCCUUUUUAUCCAGAAGGUGGCGGACAAAAAAUCACAGACCAAGAGAUCGCUCAAGUAGAAAAAAUAGUCAACGAAAAAAUUCGAGAAAACAUACAUCUCGAAGAAGCAAGGGCAUUACCUAUAGAAGAAGCUAAAAAAUCUGGAGCAAUGAUGCUUUUUGGUGAGAAAUAUGGAGAUACUGUGCGUAUGAUCACUUUCGAUCCCGCUUACUCACGCGAAUUGUGUGGUGGCUGUCAUGUGAAGGCAACCGGUCAAUUAGGAUUUUUUAAGAUAACAUCCGAAGGUGGUAUUGCAGCAGGUGUGCGAAGGAUAGAAGCUGUGACUGCUGUAAAAGCUGAAGAAUAUAUUAAUAAUCAAAUGUAUGAAUUGACAGCCAUCAAGUCAUUUUUCAAAAACAACAUCAAUACGGCAAAAAACAUCUCUGACCUGCAGGAUGAGAAUAAAAAUUUGCAGCGUGAGAUAGAAAAAUUGAGAGCUAUCCAAGCAGCAUCCUUAAAAGACAAUCUCGUCAGCAGUGCUAAAAAUAUGGAUGGCAUAAAGGUAUUGGCUGUAAAGCUCAAAGAUAUGGAUAGCAAAUCUGCUAAGACUUUGGCGCAUAAUAUCCAAACAGAGUUGGGUGAAUCCGUCAUCUUGUUUGGACUAGAAGAUCAAGGCAAAGCCACAAUCAUGCUGACAAUAACUGAAGCAUUGACCAAAUCAAAGUCAUGGCACGCAGGCAAUAUCGUGAAAGCAUUGGCAACUGAGAUCAAUGGUGGUGGUGGCGGACAAGCAUUUUUUGCUACGGCAGGCGGAACAGAAUCAUUGGUCAAUCCAGAAAGGUCUAUUCCUACCGAAAUCACGCGUAUCACAAGCAUCACCAAUAGUAUGGUGGCCAAUGCUCCCAAAUUUUAUGAAGUGGCCAAACAAGUGGUGGAGCUGACAGAAGAAGGCAAAUCCAAUGAAGAAAAAGCCAUCGUCCUUAUAGAAGAUGGCCAUUAUCGUGGUUAUGGCUACUUA